CGGAGAAUAGAAAAUGAGCCUCAGGGGUGCAUCACCCUUCUGUUCGAGUGCAAAUGUGGAUUUUCUAACCACAUUCUCUUCACAGAUUCUUCCGCCAGAAAUUAUAUUCGCCGUCUUCACUUCCGGGUCCGCCAUUUUGCAGCCUCCAUUUCUCCGCGAGGGGGGGUUAAAGGCCCCCAAAAUAUGUAUAUAUGAAAAGGCCAAAAAGUAACCAUCAUUGACAGGGAGCCUUAACUAGAGAAGGAAACAGGACCAAACUGGCGGGCUCGGCGAAAGCACAGCCGGCAGCGUCCCGGACGAGGAGUUAUAGCUUCCCACAAACUUGUGUUCCUAUGCAUAAAGAUGUCUUUGGUGGACUUGGGGAAGAGGUUGCUAGAAGCAGCAAGAAAAGGCCAAGAUGAUGAAGUCAGAACAUUAAUGGCAAAUGGUGCCCCAUUCACCACAGACUGGCUUGGAACAUCACCCCUGCACCUUGCAGCCCAAUAUGGUCAUUAUUCCACAGCAGAAGUGCUCCUUCGAGCAGGGGUUAGCAGGGAUGCCCGGACCAAAGUGGACAGGACCCCGUUGCAUAUGGCUGCAGCUGAUGGACAUGCACACAUCGUGGAACUGCUCGUUAGGAAUGGUGCAGAUGUGAAUGCCAAGGACAUGCUAAAGAUGACAGCUUUGCACUGGGCCACAGAGCACCACCAUCGAGAUGUUGUAGAGCUACUUAUCAAAUACGGAGCUGAUGUCCAUGCUUUCAGCAAGUUUGAUAAAUCUGCCUUUGACAUAGCCCUGGAGAAAAACAAUGCUGAGAUUCUGGUCAUUCUUCAGGAAGCAAUGCAGAAUCAGGUGAAUGCUAAUCCUGAGAGAGCCAACUCUGUGACUAUGGCUACCCCAUUCAUCUUUACGUCAGGAGAAGUUGUCAACCUCGCAAGCCUUGUUAAUUCAGCCAACACCAAAACAACCUCAGGUGACCCCCAUGCUUCCUCAACAGUACACUUCUCAAAUUCUACUACCUCAGUGCUGGCCACCCUUGCAGCUCUUGCUGAGGCAUCAGCCCCCCUCUCCAGUUCACACAGAGCCACAGGUAAUUCAGAGGAAAUCAUAGAUGGAAAUUCUGUUGACUCAUCAAUCCAGCAAGUGGUGGGGAGUGGAGGCCAGAGAGUCAUCACCAUAGUGACCGAUGGAGUCCCCCUCGGUAAUAUCCAGGCUGCAGUCCCUACUGGGGGCAUUGGCCAGCCAUUUAUUGUAACUAUGCAAGAUGGACAGCAAGUUCUGACUGUACCUGCUGGUCAGGUUGCAGAGGAGACUGUUAUUGAAGAAGAGGCAGAAGAAGCAGAAAAAUUGCCACUGACUAAGAAACCAAGGAUAGAAGAAAUGACAAACAGUGUGGAGGAAAGCAAGGAGGGCACUGAAAGAGAACUACUUCAGCUGCAACUCCAGGAGGCUAAUCGAAGAGCCCAGGAAUACCGAAACCAGCUCCUAAAGAAAGAGCAGGAGGCAGAACAGUACCGCCUCAAGCUAGAGGCCAUGGCCCGACAACAGCCCAAUGGAGUUGAUUUCACAAUGGUUGAAGAGGUGGCUGAGGUAGAUGCUGUAGUGGUCACAGAGGGGGAGAUGGAAGAGAGAGAGAUGGAAAUGACUAGGGCAGUAGGGACCACAGAGCCUCAUACUGGAGUUUCCAUGGAAACUGUUUCAUCUUAAUGUGCAAGGGCCACAACUUGUACUGUGUCCAUCUUUCUCCUCUUUUUAAAAGAAAAUACAGAGGACAAACAUUGUAUACAAAUUAAGAACGUCCUAAAGAAGAAAAUUAUAGCAAGGUACAAUGCUUGGGCUCAGAAAGUCUCUCAAUGCAACUGGAAAAUUCAAAGACAAAUAUAGGAAACACGUCUUCUGAGGGACCAAAAGAAUAAGGACCACAUUUCUCAGCUCUUAUCGUUGCUUUAAGCAUAGAGGUUAAAAAAAAAAAAAAAUGCUAGAUGUUGUACAUUGAUUGUUUUCUAAAUGACUGAUUUUCAAAAGAUUUUAAAAUAAUAUUCUUAAUAUGGAAACACCCAGAGCCUUUAAUAGUUGUACCAUCAAGUGACCUGAAAAUUUGUCUUAGAUUUAUUAUGUGUACUUGUUAGAGAAGAAAACUAUUUGGCAGAAAGUAUUAGAAGCAAGCUUUGGGGAAGAGAAAGAAACAUAUUCCACUUCCAAAGGAGCAGGCAGGCAUUCCCCACUAUCCUGAGUUAAUUUCACUGAAAAAAAGUUGUGAUUGCCUGACUAAAUUUGCAUCCAUUAUGUGUCCAUAGCUCAGAUGCUGGUUUAAAAAACUGAAACAGAAUUUUUAAAUACUGAAAAGGAAAAAAAGAAAAAAAAAACUUGUUGAUGUGGGAGAAGUGUGUAUAAACCCCAAAUCCUCCAGGCUAUGCUUCUACAAUGCUGGAAAGUAGCCAAGAAUUGGCUUGUAGGGUUAGGAAACAAUCUGGUCUGGAAAUACCAACUUUGCUCUGGCUGGAUUUUAUAAAAUUACAAUCAGGAGGGUAGUCUGUUGUUAGAACAACUUGCUUCCAAACAUUUAUUUAUGUAAUAUCAAGCUUUAAUGUCAACUUUUCAAUUUUAUAAAAUUUUGUUGAGUUUUCUAACAUGCUUUUUUGUGGAGCUUACAUGGUAUCCUUUCAUAUGCAAGAAAAGACAGGGGCGGGGCACGGCAGAGAUGAAUGCCAAGUAUAUUGUAUAGUUUUUCUCCCAUCUGAUUUGGUGUGAGUAAACUGCUCUGUUUCCUUAAGGUCAGGCCUUGUACAGAGCUUUUGUGCCUUAUAGGUGCUCAGUGUGGGCUGGCAAAGGGAGUAAUAAUUGUCAGUGCCAUUAAGUAAGGAACCAAAGAUUAUUUCAUCACUUUAUACUAUGCCUUAUCUCACAGUAUGCCUACUCCCUUUCCCUAGACAUUUUAAAAAGUGUUUUGUUGCUGGGAUUUCUUUGCCAGCUUGAAGGGGCUUUUUUUGUUGUUUUGUUGUUUUAAAGAAAGACUGUGGAUGGAGAGAAAGGGAUUGUGGAAAGGUUAUAUUACAGAGGUUAUUGCCUUUGAAAUUGUGCCCUCAUCAUCCUGGACUUGCUUACUUGCUUUUUUGUAAAUUAGAAGCAACCAGAGGGAGAUGUGCCAAGUAAACAUUUGAAUGACUGUU